UUUUAUUGGUGUGUUCACCUUACCAGGUGAUAAAAAUGCAGGUAUGUGAGGUUUUACCGCUGUGAUCGAUUUAACGGGAGUUUUACAACAAGGAAACUUAAACAAUCAUGCCCGUUUGUAUUCAGACUCAGCUCAAGAGAAAACAGUUUUGAUAAAAUUAGCCGAAUUCGGUGAAUUAAUCUUAUCCCGCUAAAAGAUAUCGAUUCUUACGGUGACAGGCCCUUCAUGUCCAAAGAAACUGUGAUAAAACACAGCUAGAACAACAGAGGAUUUAAAGAACAUUUCUCAAAAAUUUCUUACAAAUAUAGGAAUACUUAAAGCGUUGUUUUUUUCUGUGGUUGUUUUGUGUAAAAUUGGAAAAAUAAGUACGAUUUUUUUUUAUCAUAUGAUGGAGAGAUUAUUUGCAGUAGUGCUUUUUAUAGGAUUUAAUGGAGUUGCGUCACAAGGAAACCCAUGUCGUCCAAUUCCGUUUCCAAUGCAAAUUUCCUUUGAUGAAACCUCCUUACAAGGCGCUAUCAUAUUCACUGGGGAUGAAACAAAUCAUACGACACAGAAAUGGUCUAUCACCGAGAGUGACCCCAGUGUUUCGUUACAAUUCAUUAACAACACUUAUCAAAUAGCAUUAAUUAGACCUGUGGAUCUGGAUGUAUCAAACCUUAACGAUGUAUGUAAUUCUGGUCUGGAGCAAUUCACACAAAGGGUAACGUGUAAUGAAAAUGGAACACCAGACGAUGAAUAUAUAGUGUUUCGUGUCAAUCCAGUGAACGAAUAUCCACCCGUUGCUAUCAAAAAUAACACUAUCAAGAUACAAGAGGAAGAAAAACUGAUUCCAAAGUUCAUCGCUCGUAUGUUGGAUUACUUUAAAGACCGUGACUGUCCUAAGGUCACUCCUAUGGUCGGCAUCUCAAAGACUACUGCAGGGCCAGAUGUCAGUGAUUUUUUCACUGUUAACACCACAACAGGAUUUCUGAAUCAAAUAAAGAACUUUGAUUACGAAGACACCCAGAUCCAGUGCGAUUUGGGAAAAAGUGGAGGAAUCUUAAAUAUCACUGCUGAGGACGGUCCACAUAACGUGUAUACAAUCCUGAAUGUAAAUUUUACUAACCUGGAUGACACACCCCCUGUGUUUGUCAAUUAUGACUGCUCUACAACAUGCUACACUUGUCCAGUUCCGGGUAUUUCUGUCACCAUUGAUUACUUCGAUCAGGGUAUUAUUAAAACUGAUCCUAGCAGAAUAAAGGCUAUAGACCCAGACACUCCUUCGUCAAAUAUCACGUACAAUUUAGAGGUUGAUCCUGCUAAAUACAUAGACAAUAUUGAGUUUGAAAAUGGUAGUUUCAUUCUCAAUCAGUCGUUUGCAAACUUCUCCAACUUCGGUGAAUCUUCAGACUUCAGUGUGGUGGUAGUUCUGCAGGCUAUGGGAAGUAAUGGACAUAACUCAGACAAUUUCACUUUAACCGUAAAUGUGACGGUACCCCCACCCACAACUCCCGAACCAACGACAGAACCCCCAACCACUCAACCAACCACUACAGAGGAAGUGACGUCGCAACCGACGUCAUCACCCACUACCAUCCAACCUUCAACACCAACCACUAGAACGUCUUCAACAUCUCGACCCACGACGACCCCCGCCCCCACAACCCUGGCACCCAUAGAAAACGCCAACCCAGACAAGAGUACUGAUAACAACGUGCUGAUAAUCGUCCUGCCUAUACUGGCAGCUCUGAUUCUUAUUAUUGUGAUCGUAGUCAUUAUUAAGAUGAGGAAGUCACAGCCGCAACAGAAAUACAACCUCGGGGAGAAGAACGUGAACGGGGACGCAGAACAUUAUGAGACACCUACAGAGAUGGACAACCAUGCCUUCAAAGACGAAAAGGAGGGCGUUUGAGGCAGGGAUGUCUUUAAAUGACAGAAUGAUUUAGACUUACAUUACAUUGUCAUUAUGUGUUGUCAUUUUUUGUUACUCAAGAGUCUCAUUUUACAACAUUAUGUAUAAUUUUGUUCAAGGUGCUUUUUAAGACUAUUUGAUUACAUGCAUACAUAAUCUUAGAAAUCCAAGUAUAUACUAAUAUUGCAAUACAAUUAACAUAUCAGAGUAAUGCUGUAUACCAUUUUCAAAGUGACAAAAAUGCUGAAUGUUGAUAAUAUUUGAUAACUUUUGUUUUCAAAGCUAACAGACUUGUGGGGAUUUUGACAUAGCGACAUCAGUAUGAGUAGAGAUUUAGUUUGCUAUCAUGUGAAAGCGGGCCACUAGCUGUGUUGCUUUUUCUCAUUUUGUGUGCGGUGAAGGUUUUAUCAUAGAAUGGUGGAGCGUAAAAGCAAAAGAAAAAUUGAGGAUUAUUUUUUUUUACAAUGGAUAUUUUUAUUUAGUGUUCUAGUGCAAUAAGUGUACACGGUCUUCUCUUUUCAUGAAAACACUCAAGUUCAUAGUGCCAUAAUUCAGUGUCGAUAUUCUUGGAUUGAUAAAAUGUACUACACAAUAAAUAUAUAUAUUUUAUAAAUUAA